GCAGAGGCGGUUUCCUCCGAUGUAAACUGUCUCUUAACCAGUCGCAAUACUUGCAGAGGGAAGAAGACACCGGAGUUGUUGCCGUCGCCGCCAGUUGCACGAACCUAACAUGCAGUGACUCCAUUAGCCUUUUUUAUUUCUUUCGCAUUUGCAAUAUGAAGAAUGGAAGAAGACGAUGUUUCUAUCCGAGAGCAGAAUUUCCACAGCCAAGUUCGAGAGUACAUCAUCUGCUUCCUCCUGUUCGCAGUCCUCUACAUUGUGUCCUACUUCAUCAUAACGAGAUACAAGAAGAAGAGCGAUGACCACGAAGAUGAAGAUGCGGUUGUCAAUAGAAUAUCGUUAUACCUGUGCACUUUCACGCUGGCAGUGUCUGGUGGUGCCGUCUUCCUGCUGCCUUUCUCCAUCAUCAGUAACGAGAUCCUCCUCUCCUUCCCCAAAAACUAUUACAUUCAGUGGCUCAAUGGCUCCCUCAUUCAUGGUCUGUGGAACCUGGUGUCGCUGUUCUCCAACCUGUGUCUCUUUGUCCUGAUGCCCUUUGCCUACUUCUUCCUGGAGUCUGAGGGAUUCGCAGGUUCUAAAAAGGGCAUUAAGGCGCGUAUCCUGGAGACCUUUGUGAUGCUCUUCCUGCUGGCUUUGCUCAUCCUGGGCAUCGUGUGGGUGGCGUCGGCGCUCAUCGACAACGACGCGGCCAGUAUGGAGUCGCUCUACGACCUUUGGGAGUUUUACCUACCAUACCUCUACUCCUGUAUAUCUCUGAUGGGAGGACUGCUUUUACUCAUGUGCACUCCUGUGGGAUUGUCGAGGAUGUUCACCAUCAUGGGCCAGUUGCUGGUGAAGCCAACAAUCCUGGAGGACCUGGAUGAGCAGAUUUACUGCAUCCAUUUGCAGGAGGAGGCCCUUCAGAGGAGAUUAAACGGAUCGUCCUCCUAUACUUUUUCUCGAGGAAACUUUACUAUGCAGCUCAACAAAGACCUGGACAACAUUAGAAAUCUGAAGAAUAAAUUGGAGAGAAGAAAGAAGGCGUCCGGUUGGGAGAAGAACUUGUUGUAUCCGAUAGUGAUGCUGAUCCUGCUCGCAGGAACGGUGAGUGCAGUCAUUAAGCCCAGAAUGUUGACUCUUGGCGUAUACAGCCGGGCCGCUGGCCAUUGGGACCAACACCCUGUACCCCAAAUCCUAUCCUCUAUCAUUGGUUGCUGUGUCUCCAUUUUGGUCCUGAGUUCCGCCCUGCCAGUGAUGUCCAGGACUCUAGGUAUUACCAGGUUUGAUCUCCUGGGAGACUUCGGGAGAUUUAAUUGGCUGGGAAACUUUUACAUCGUCCUUUCGUACAACCUGCUAUUUGCGGUCGUGACAACACUCUGUCUUGUGAGAAAAUUCACCUCGGCAGUACGGGAAGAGCUUCUGAAGGCCUUAGGUCUGGAUAAAUUGCAACUGUCAAACAGCCCCACGGACCCUGAAUCUGGAAAGCUCUCCGCCAACGGGCAUCAGAAAACUCUGUGAAAAGGGACGAUGGAUCAGCGCACACACACACACACACACACACACACCUUAGCAGCCGAAGGGAGAUUUCGACAGUACUGGCUGACUACUGAAAGGUAAAAGGGAUUGGAAGGAACUUAAUAAACCCGAGCAGUGUCUGACGGAUGCUGCGAAGGGAGGCCGGGAGCAAUUUAGCUUCGUGACAUUCCAUCCUCUGCGUCUGGGACGGAGCCAGGGACGAGGCCGAGGAGGGAAGUACACUGGCAUCACUGCAGGGACCUUGACGUUGACCUCAGCCGCGACUGUGACUUCAAGCCACCCAUGUCUUGCUUCAGGGCGCCCCCCCCCCCUCUCCCUCACCCCCCUCUCUCCAGUAUUGCUUCCUGUUUACUGUUUUUUUUUUUCUUCCACAUGGGUACUUUUUUAUGUCUGUGUGUGUGUGUCUGUGUGUGUGCGUGAUAGAUACAUGAGCAGUUGUCUGUAGUCUGUUUUGCAAAAUGAUGCAGGCUUGAUAAAAAGGUGUCAGUCAGUUUUUUUUUUUCUUUCUUUUUUUAAAGCUUAUGAUGUGAAAAUGACAAAAUGUGCUUUGUGAAGCAUGCAGUCAGUCAGUCAGUCAGUUAUUCUCUCCUCUCAUCCAAUAUAUAAAACUGUCAUCCAUACGAUUCACAUAUGAAUUUGCACUAUCCCAACUGAUGGGCUUCAUUCGUCUUCUUAUUUGGCUUGACAGAAGUGAGCUUUAACUUUAUUGAUGAUGUCGUUAGUUUGUAUGAAGUAGGGUAUGAAGUUUUUUUUAGGUGCUCUUGAUUAGACUUGAGCUACUCUACAAAUGGGAAACUAUACUGGAGUUGCAUCCGCUUCAGUUCCAAAGAGCAGAAUGCUUCAGUGCAUUUGUAGCUGAGCUUGUGGUUGGAAUUACGAGAAUUCUAUUUUGCACAUGUUAAAAUAAAAACACCAUCACAUUUCUGCUCAUCCCCCCCCCCCCCCCCCCAAAAUAAAUACAUAUUUAAAUUCACAUGGCACAUACAAAAAUUGUCAAAUAGUUCAAUAGGUCAUUUUUGUAAAUGUUGUAUUUACAUGUAAAUAUCACUGUGUGUUUCAUACCUCUUUUGCAUUAUUUAGAUGUAAAUAUUUGGCUCUUGUCGAGUCCAAUAAGGGUCUGACUCACUAAGCAAUCUGUACUUUGUUGUAUAUAUUUUUUAUGGACACCUCAAUCUAAUGCAAACCUGUAACUUCGCAUACAGAAUGCAGGCGUGAUAAUGUGCAACUUUGCAGCCGGUAGAAAGACUUGGUGACUCAGGCCCGAUUUACAUGUAGUUGUAUCGCUGCAUAUACUUCUAAACUGUGACGUUAUUUGUCUCCAGAACCACCUUAAAUGCCUUAAACGACAAGCAUCUCGCAGGCUUAAUGUUAAGGUUGUUUCUUGUUCCGUGUCGUUUGUUCACGUGCACGUACACAGGUGUACGGGUGCAUCUGGACAUUUCCACUGUGAGCCAGCUCGAUAUAAUGUACACAUCGCUCUUUGCCAUGAAUGUUUUUUCACAGUGGCUCUUAUGAAGUGAGAAGCUUCCUUCAUGUGCUAGCAUUGGGUUGGUUGAUGUAACGACGUCAUCUCUGGCGUUGUACCACAUGUGUUUUCAUCAUGACUUGAUUAAUUGAGAAGUUCUUUCUAUCUGCAUUUGGAACUUGUUUCUUGGGACAGGGAAUGUUUUACUCAAAGCUGUCUACCUUUGCUUGCAGUUUUACCCACAUUCUUAACUGGCUAAAACUCGUACGGAGUGUGCAAUUUCAUUUGGGGCUGUGAAUAAUUAACGUGGUCUGCAGUGAUUUGGCAAAGCAAAACGAGAUAUUAUAAAUUAGCAAGAUAUCACUUUAAAUGUCAAGUAAAUUAGUGAAGGUAUGAAAAGAAAUGUAUGACUUGAUUUGGAUGAACUACAUUAACUAUAUGGCUUGCGUUAGAUUUUUUCCAAUUCCAUCAUGGUGGUGCAGACAUCCUUUCCGCUGCAGACUUCACAUUGAAUUGCACCUCCCCUAAUAAAACAUCGCAUAAAGACUUGGGAGACAUUUCCUAUUCAAGCUAACUUAAGUUUUUAGUAGAGUACAUUUCAUGUCGGAUUUCAAAAGUUGUGUUCUGUAAGUGAAGCAGCUUUAUUUCUGUCAUGUCAGUUGGUCGCUGGAUGUCAGUUUUAGUACAUUUUCUGAAUGUGUUUUUUUUACAAUUUCUCAGUCUGCUAAAUGUAUUUUUAGUUGUUUUUGAUGUCUUUGUUUGCAAAUAAAUGUAGAAAAAUG